AUGGCACUUGUUUUAGGACAUGAAAAAGAAACAGGUUUCCAGUUCUGGGGUGAACAAAGAACAGAUUAUUACAACAGUUAUGGUGAUGAUGAAGUAGAUUUUCAAGCUCAGACACAGUACAAUGGCAAUGACGGAGCCUGCUCACCGCAGGCGUUUUGGACAAGUAAAACUCCGUUAUUGCCUAGAAAUCACCAGUACAGUUAUCUGACAUCCCCCAAGUUGUCGUUGUCAUCGUCGUCGUCAUCGCCGUCACGAUUGCAAGCGAUCAUUGAUGGUAGAAGGAAACUAACAGAAAAGAUCCAAGACAUGCCAGAGUCUUGGUAUGAACUCUCUCUGAAAGAUAUUGUCGAUGAACAGCAUGACUUGCAGGCAGACCAGAAGGACAUUAUUGUAAUUGAUGAUGAGAAGAAUCCAAAUUUCAAGCCUGAAAUCAAAAUGAAGCAGCAGAAGAAAAAAUGCAGGCGAGGUCAGAUGACACGGAACGAAAGCAUGGACAGUAGGGUUUUACGACUAAAGAUAAUUUUCCCAAUUUCUCUAGGUUUGAAGAGGAAAUCAAAGGCUGGUAAUCGGUCAAAGGUUUCUCCGAGACCAUCUUUGGACUGUCCAGGAUCAGCAUCAGAGAAGACCAGACUCGAUAAGAAAUGGUGGAGGAUGAGGUUUCUAUCUAUGGGGGAGAGUAAGAGCACAGGAACUGGAAGCACUAGUAGCAGUAGCAGUAGCAGUAGCAGCAAAAGCAGAGAUGAUGAUAUCAACUUCAUACCUGGUUGCUGGCCCUUUCACAUGAAAUACAGAUCCACCAGACAGAGAGAGUGCCUCCCUGAAUGAGCUCUCAGACACCAUAUAAGCACACAAAAUGAUUAGAGAAAGUAGCAGAAUAUUAUGGCAUAUCUCACGGCUGAUACAACAUGGAAUGACCAGAAACCCUAGUAAAUUUGAUUGUGGCAGGGAAGAUGAUGGAGAUCUAAUGUAUUUCUUGGUCAAUAAAACUGUGAUAUUUUUUUAUUA